AUGCAUUGGAUAUUUUUGUCUACACUGUUUGCCGUGUGGGGGAAGGAGUACGAGUGUCUGGAUGUGCCUGUCCGAUUGUGGAUCCACCAGGACAUGACGUCAUCUUUCAUGUUUAUUUCAAGUAAGCCACAGGAGUACAUUAGCGGGAUCUUGACGAGCUUGCACGAUAACAUCGAAGACUUCGACUUUGGCAUUUCCCUGUUCUGGGAUCGGUCUGUGGACACAUGUUACCUGCCAGUGUGCAACUUCGAUGGGAAUGAUUUUGACUCCAAGGUGCAGUCAGCCUCGACAAUCAUCAAGGAGCUGCCGGCGCCUUCCGAUUCUUACAACGACCUUCUGGAAGACGCGCUGUCUGGACUGCCUGUGGUUGCGAAGCACGAGUUUGGGAUGUUGUCGACAGAAGCUGUAAAUAUCUUUGUAAUCAUUACGGACGAGCCGGGCAAGUACCACGACAUGCCCGCUUGUUCACCGGGUAGCGGCUCGUGCGACACUCAGUUCGAGGGAGAUACGCCGAACACCACGGUCGAGGACGAAGUCAACUGCUCAACCCAUGUGUGGUAUCCGACUGCUGAGCAGCUCUCCCACUCUGUGCAAACUUACAAGGUGGUACCCAUUACCCUCGUUGUGGAAAAGGCGGUAAACUGGUGGAAGAAGUUCUGGUCCAAAUCGCUAAACCUCAAGGAGGACCAAGGUGAGUUCGGGGUCUUCCCUAUCACCAUGGACGCCGACGGCGUGGCCCAGACCAUUCUCGAGAGUGUCAACACCAUCAACUGCAUCAUCAAGACCACGACCACCAGCACACCCACCUCCGGAACCGGAACCAGCGGCACCUCCGGAACCAGCGGCACCACCGGAACCAGCGGCACCACCGGAACCAGCGCCACCACCACUUCAAUUGUACCCAUCAUAACCACCACUGCUGUACCGGCACCAGCUCCGGACCACAACAAGGCAAUCGCCAUCGGCAGCGCGGCAGCCGGGGCGGCCGCGUUGCUUGCUGGCGCAGCUUGGUACAAACUGCGAGACAGUGCCCCACCGGAACUCGACGUCACCGAAGAGGAAGGUGCUGCGGACGCGGCCCAAGGCGGAGACCGUGAGUCCAUUGUUGCCAUGGAAGAAGACGCUUACGAGUAG